AUGGAGUCAGAGGACUGCGGCAGCCAGUAUGCAGCCAGUAUGCAGCCAGUAUACAGUCACUAUGCAGCCAGUAUGCAGCCAGUAUGCAGCCAGUAUGCAGUCAGUACGCAGCCAGUAUGCAGCCAGUAUGCAGUCAGUAUGCAGCCAGUACGCAGCCAGUAUGCAGUCACUAUGCAGCCAGUAUGCAGCCAGUAUGCAGCCAGUAUGCAGUCAGUAUGCAGCCAGUACGCAGCCAGUAUGCAGUCACUAUGCAGCCAGUAUGCAGCCAGUAUGCAGCCAGUAUGCAGUCAGUACGCAGCCAGUAUGCAGCCAGUAUGCAGUCAGUAUGCAGCCAGUACGCAGCCAGUAUGCAGUCACUAUGCAGCCAGUAUGCAGCCAGUAUGCAGCCAGUAUGCAGUCAGUAUGCAGCCAGUACGCAGCCAGUAUGCAGUCACUAUGCAGCCAGUAUGCAGCCAGUAUGCAGUCACUAUGCAGCCAGUAUGCAGCCAGUAUGCAGUCACUAUGCAGCCAGUAUGCAGCCAGUAUGCAGCCAGUAUGCAGCCAGUAUGCAGUCAGUAUGCAGCCAGUAUGCAGCCAGUAUGCAGUCAGUACGCAGCCAGGAUGCAGCCAGUAUGCAGUCAGUAUGCAGCCAGUAUGCAGCCAGUAUGCAGUCAGUAUGCAGCCAGUAUGCAGUCAGUAUGCAGCCAGUAUGCAGCCAGUAUGCAGUCAGUAUGGGGCCAGUAUGCAGCCACUAUGCAGCCAGUAUACAUGUGGAUGGAGAUGGCAGAAGCUCAGUCGUGA